CAACAACCAUGGACUGGGAUCAUCUUUCUGAGGAGUAUAAUGACAAGUUGUUUGCUGGCUGGCUACAAUUGCUUUCCCAGCAGUCCCCUGCCUUGCCGUCGAGAGUCGCAACCCAGAAUCGUCGUGGCACUGCAUGGGUGGCUGAUGUCUCACAGUUUACCACGGGCGCUUACAAUAUUUGCUGCAUUGUUACCUUCGAGGAUGGAUUCCGUGCACUUGUUCGGUUCCCAAUCCUGGGUAGAAGCCGCUUUCGGACGGAAAAGAGUAGAAACGAGGCUUCAGUCAUGAAAUUCCUAUCUCAAAAUACCGCGCUCCCUGUCCCCUGCAUUCUUGGGAUGGGUCGAUGGGGGUGCGGCCCUUACCUUGUCAUAACUUUCACUGAGGGAAUGUUGUUGUCCAACCGCCUUGGGGACCCAACAAUCCAGUCGCCCAGCCUUAAUCCAAAUGUUUCCGACUCCGACAUUCAAAUUAUCUUGGAAUUGUCUAAACCAAUCUUUUCGUCUAUUGGAGCUCUGGAAGAGGGAUCCCAGAUGUGGAAAGUAGCUCAAAGGCCACUAACCCUCAAUAUGACGAACUGUACCGCGGGCGAAUAUUUCGAGGAACUCGCGAGACAGCAGCUUCUCUACCUUCAAUACCAACGGAACGAUGCUGUCGAAGAUGAGCAAGAUUUUCGGAAGAAAUGCAUAGCCCGCUGCCUUUUGAGGGAAAUCGCCCGGGAGUAUAAAAAGCAGCGGUCGGGUCCGUUCCAUCUUUACUGCGAAGAUUUGCGUCCGUCCAAUGUACUUGUUGCAAAGCAAGACUUUUUACUCACUGGUGUCAUUGAUUGGGAAUUCACUUACGUUGCGCCUGCCGAAUAUACCUAUACUGCACCCUGGUGGCUCCUCUUCGAGAGCCCCGAAGCUUGGCAGUCAGACUUGCAUGCAUUCUUGGCACGGUAUACACCACGCUUGCAUCUCUUCCUCAGUGCACUCCGAUCAUGCGAGGACGAAAAGAAACGAAAUGGUGCAUUGAAAGAGUAUCAGCGACUUUCAGAACGCAUGGCAGAGCUUUCGCUUUUGUCACAGGAGGAGUUGGACGGCCUUGAGAUGUUUGUUUCUUUGAAGAUGCAACAAGCCCGUGAGAACCGCUUGGACGAACAUAUAUUGAUGGACAAGCUUAUUGAUCUUUAA